AUGCCAUUCUUCUCAAAGGUCUUUAAAAGCAAGGAUGGCCAGGGCAAAAGGACCGCGGCGCCAGUCGCAAACGGAGACUCACACAAGAAGCCUCAGUGGUCGGAUGCAUGGGCGCGCACGAGGGUCGACCCUGACGAGGUGUCUGAACUCCUGCAUUUAUGCACGGCCGAGUUGAAGUCGAGGGCUCUCGAUGUUCCCUUCUUACUGCUCCCGUUUCGUCCAUCAUCCGAUCCAUCUGCCGCGAGAACCUUUGUUCGCAAUUUCUUUCUGCCACCUCAUGAUCGAGAUCCCUUGCGGGGCUCCUUUUUGGAAACGGAACUUCGUAUGACGGAAGUCAUGGUUCUAAUAAGUGUGAUGAAAUGGUGCUGGGCACGUUUGCCCGGCGGUGUUGUGACAUGGGAGGUUUAUGAAGCAUUCAGAGUCGGAGAAAAAGACUCCGGCUUUGCGCGCGACGCAUUCAGUACAUUCAUUCCAAUCGGCGUUGAGUCGCCUGCUCGGCUUCAAAUCAUUCAAGACUUUUUUGACCUCCUUGCUUCGUUGGCAGCACAUGGCAAGGCUAACGGACUGGGUGGCCACAAAGUUUCAAGAUAUGCCGGCUGGUGGGCAUUUGAACACUAUGAUGCUGGAAAAGGGUUCGAGUCUGGAUAUCAAUCAUGGUCAACUGCUGCUGAUGCAACAUCUCAUCUCUUCUUCGCCUAUCUACGAUCCAUGUCCCCUGGUGCAGGAAAAGCGAGUGGGAUCCUGAGCCUUCCAAGAUCACUACAGCAACUUCUUGACUCGACCACCUACCCUCCAAAGCAUGCUCUGUUGUCGAACGAUACCACAAAGGUCGUGAUGAUCGUUGAUGUUGUCUCGCCAACUCCAUACGCUUUAUUGCGGCGGGCCAAGAACUUUGAAUAUCGAGACGAUGACCGAGGUCUACAGCAAUUUGCCAGUUAUGACGACCCUGUUCAGGCUCUUACUGACGAAUGUCGUCGCGUCCUCAAAGCGAUCUCUUCGGCAAAUCAAUCCCAGGUCUCGAAUGCAAAGACAUCCACCAGCCUGACAGACCCGUCAUGGUCACGAUUUGAAGAUAUUGGCUUUGGCAGCUCCCUCGAGGAUGAAGAAGAAGAGGAUGACGGACUGCUUGGUCCUAGAGUCGUCUCGAAGCGACCCAUGCAUGCCUCAGUCCGGGAAGGAGCUCCCGCCCCUAUCCUGCUCCCGCCCGACAAGAUCCUCCCUCCUAUCAAUACGAUUGCGCCUAGAGGGCAGAGCUCGCAGUCGCACCGGAGGAACCUCGAUACACAGCUGAACCUCGAUCCGGGCGAGUUGGCUAGCAUCACCAAGGUCAAUGUGGAUGAUUCCUUCUGGUGGGUCUGGAUCAGUAGUCUUGCUUCAGAAGAGCCAACCUCGAGAAAAGCUGUGUUCGGUCGAUGCGCCCUGGUCGAAACCAUUUUCCCGGAUGACAAAUGGAUGGUGAUGGAAGAGCAGGUCAAAGGUGCUGCACCAGAACCUGCGGCCGGAGCGUACAUCGCUGAGAAGAAGAAGACGUUCCUGGGAUUUACGACAAAACGUGGCCGGCUAACUCGACGAGGGUCGGGUUCAAAAAAGAGCCCUCUUUCACCCGAAGCCCAAUUCUCCACCAACAACAGAGCCACGUUAGCGCCAGAUCAACAGGCUAAGAUCCAGAAAGCAGCGGCCGAGCUAUCUAGGAGAAAAGAGGCUGAACAGAAGGAGGAGCAAGCCGUUCUGGCAACUCGUCGUGGACGUAUGCAGGAGCCCAUUGUAGCGUCCAAGACCAACAGCAUCUUCACACUGGGUCCAUUGAUCAAGGACGAGGCUUCACCAGCCUUGCAAUGGGCAAGUCAGUAUGACAAGAAGGCCAUCCGGGCUAAGUACCUGGGUGACUCACUGGCCGGAAAAGGCUCCCGUGAACUGUUGAACUUGCCUCAAAACGGCUUAGGAAUUAGCAGGUCGACAUCGACGCUGUCUGUGGUCAGCAAGAAUAAGGACCUUCCACCAGCGCCGGCCGAGAAAGUGUCGCGCCCGGCUCUUGUCGAAAGGUCUCAGUCUGCUGAGCCUCCAGCUGGGACACCGAUUGUCAUAGAGCCUGCUCCAAUUCCUGCCGAAUCAACGAUCCCAGUCCAGACCCCAACAUUGACAGAGGCGGCAGAAGUGCCUCUGCCACCAGCUACGCCAGAAAUCGUAGAGCCUCCCAAGCAUCAACCAGCUAAAUUGAGAAAAUCUCUGGAUCAGCAACGUCGUUCGCCUGAGCAGAAAAAACCGAGGGGAAAGACUCCGACUGGGCCGCCUCCUGUACAGAAAACUAGCGGCAUCCGACGUCUGUUUGGAACCAAGCGAUCCAAGUCACGGGAAUCAAGAGUCCCAGAACCACCUGAGUCACCAGUCAACGUGGAUGAAGAUCCCGCCGUUGCUGCAGCCAGACGUGCCCUGGAGGGCAAACCUGCGCUCCAGGCAGCAGCCCCAGAAUCCCCACCCUUAAGUCCUGGUCACUUCCAACGCCUUGCAACUGUUAAAGCUUCCCAGUCUCCAGCACCUGUAGUCCAUGAAGCUCCAGAGACGCCAAAGAUGACGGCGGCGUCGAUACAAAGAGAAGCGACCCCAGAACUGUCCAGGGAACCGGAGGUGUUCGAUCAAGUUGUUGCACCGCCGCGGACUCGCCGCGACGAAGAAUAUGAUCAGCUCUCUCGAGUAGACACGAACGAACGCGAGCAUGCUGAUCGUGAGUUCUCAACGUUUGAUCAAGGACCGCUCGUUGAUCAGCCAGCCUUCGUACCUGUGGAUACACCUCCCAGAGAAGAGUUUUUGACACCUAUCGAGGAACCUCCUCAUGCGCCGAUCAGCCUCCAUUCCGGCCGAUCGUUCCAGCAGACGGAGAGCUCGGUAGAGGAGGAAGACGGACCAGCCCUUACGCAACAGGUCAGUCCUGGUGACCGAUGGGCUCAGAUUCGGCGAAACGCAGCCGAGAGAGCAGCGAGACAAUCGGAGGAGCAGACCUCGCGGAGUCGUACGGAAACACGAACGGACGAUGGGGAAACCAGUGGGGAAGAGACAAUUGAAUCACGGGUUGCACGAAUCAAGGCCCGAGUGGCUGAAUUGACUGGAAAUAUGGACAGCAACCGCCGAUAA